CGCGCCGGUGGGUUUGCCUGCGCGGCAGCUGCUGCGGCGGCGAGCGAGUGAGCGCGAAGGGCGGACGCGAGUGUCUGUGAGUCACUGGUACCUGGACUGCGAAGGACGCAGAGCCAGCGGCGCGGAACCCCGGCCGGAACCUAGCCCAAGUACCCGAGCACCGGAAAGCGCGACCAGUCCGGCGCCAGGUCCCGCCGCGCUCGCACCCUAGCCCCUGCCUCCGGCUCGCUUCCUGGCGCGCGCCCGCCCCGGCCCGGGAUCCCGGCGUUCGGCGCCCUCCCGACUGCCCCGAGGCGGUGUAGGGCUUGCUGGCGGAUGUGACAACGGCUCCUCGGAGCCCCCAGCCACAACCCCUGCAGCAGCCACUGCCUGGGGGACCGCGACAAUGAACCCCCAAAGUGCCCGCUGCGGAAAAGUCGUGUAUCCCACAGAGAAAGUCACCUGCCUGGAUAAGUAUUGGCAUAAAGGAUGCUUCCAUUGUGAGGUCUGCAAGGUGGUUCUCAACAGGAACAACUACAAAGGCUAUGAAAACAAGCCCUAUUGUAAUGCAAUAUUUCAAAACCCAAAGGAUCCUUCUGGAUUCAUUUUAUACAAGGCUGAAUCUUCUUAACUGCCAAUGAGACAAUGCAUGAAAUAUGAGAAACAUAUUUACUAUGAUUUUGUGUCAUUUUGUUUUUAUUAAAAAUAAACGGUUUUCAGUAGAUAGUGCUGUGCUUCAUGUAGCAACUAAUAAAUAUUAACUAGUGAAUGUCUUCCUAAAAUGCACUUUCCCAAAGGAGGAUUGCAAGCUCAUCUAAAUUCCACACUACUUGUAAGAUGUUUGGUUUCCAUGGGUAUUUGCUAUAGACUUUGAUAUAAAAUUAUUUGGAGUGGAAAUAACUGCUUGCCACUAUAAUACAUACAUAGUUAAAAUAUAGUGCUUAUAUAUAUGCAUAUUUGUGUAAUAUGUGUAUGAAACUAUAGUAUAUUGAGUUAAUAACUAUCUUAAAUUUGUCCUUCAAAAUGAAAUAUUAUAUGACAUAUUGUUAUGGCAUAUCAA